AUGGCUGCCAGGGCAAAGACCAAGAAGACAACAAAAAAGCGAGCUCACCGAGCUACAUCGAACGUGUUCGCUAUGUUCGAUCAGAACCAAAUUCAAGAAUUCAAGGAGGCGUUUAACAUGAUAGAUCAAAACCACGAUGGUUUCGUCGAUAAAGAAGACCUACAUGACAUGCUGGCUUCCUUGGGUAAAGACCCAACUGAUGAUUACCUGGAGGAAAUGAUAAAGAUGUCUCCCGGACCAAUCAACUUCACAAUGUUUCUAACAUUGUUUGGCGAGAAAUUGAACGGGACAGAUCCUGAAGAUGUAAUCAACAAUGCGUUUGCCUGUUUCGACGAAGGAGGGAACGGUAAAAUACAUGAAGAUUUUCUUAAAGAGGCUCUAGUUACGAUGGGAGAUAGAUUCACUGAAGAUCAAGUUGAUGAUGUCCUUCGUGACGCGCCUAUUGACAAAGAUGGCUACUUAGACUACAACCAAUUCACUCAUAUUUUGAAGCAUGGGAAAAAGGAGGACGACUAG